AUGGCGCCUAAAAUCUUCCUUACUGGAGCCACAGGCUACGUUGGUGGCACUACCUUCUCCAUGCUGCAUGAGACUUAUCCUGAGUACGAUUAUACACUCUACGUUCGCAAUCAAGAUCGUGCCAAAAUUAUUGCCGAAAAGUUUCCCGACGCCAAGUUCGUUUACGGUGAUCUUGACAGCGUUGAUGUGAUUGAGAAGGCAGCCUCUGAAGCUGAUGUUGUCGUCCACACGGCUGACUCUGCGGAUGCACCUGAAGCUGCCAAAGCCAUCACAAAAGGCCUCGCUUCUACCCACACAGCUGAGCGCCCAGGAUAUUAUGUUCAUCUCUCAGGUGCAGGUCUCCUCACCUGGUAUGAUAUCAAGCACAAUCGCUACGGAGAACCACCUCUUCCCGAGCAAAGUUACAACGACAUUAAGGACAUAGAUCGCAUACUGAAUAUGCCUGAUGAAGCAAUUCACAAAGAUGUUGAAAACAUCAUCCAGAGCAUCGACUCAGAUGUCGUCAAGUAUCUCAUGGUGUCCCCUCCCGUAAUCUACGGACCAGGCAGAGGCUUGGUCCACAAGCAGAGCUUUGCGAUUACUGAGAUAGUUAGGGCAAGUGUCGACCUCGGCUUCACCCCGAUCAUCGGGGCUGGUAAAGCAAAAUGGGACAACAUCCAUGUUGAGGACCUCGCAGAGAUCUUUGUAAAAGCCGUGGAAGCAUCACAGAGCCCCUCCAAAAAAGAAGAUGACUCGGAAAUCUGGGGUAAAGAGGGCUACUACUUUGUUACUACAGGAGAGCACCAGUGGGAUGACCUUGCGCUGUGGAUCGCAGAGGAAGUGCAUCGUCAGGGAUUUAUCCCCGAGCCCAAGACCAAGUCCAUCUCGAUGGAGGAUAUGAUUAACGCAGGAUAUAAGGCGGCUAUUGCAUGGGGGACUAAUUCUAAGAGUGAGGCCGAGAGGGGAAGAAAGUAUCUGGGGUGGGAGUCGAAAGCGCCGUCACUGAAGGCAACGAUUGCCAACGCAGUGGCUGCUGAGACUGCGACUCUUGGGUUGAAGCCCAAGUAUAAGUGA